AUGGCGGUAUCAAGUUGCGCUAGGGUUUUCCCCACUUUCGAGUGCCGAUCAGACCCGCCGGAAUAUUCCAACACCCGCCGGUUUUCCACCGGGAAAUCAACCUCAUCAUCGAUCCACAAACCCCUCGCCGCCUCUUUCGCUGGCUCGCCCGGUAAUCUCUCGUCUCUGAUCUUCAAAUUUCCUCCGAAUUUCGUGCGGCAACUUAGCACCAAGGCCCGGAGGAACUGCAGCAACAUAGGCGUCGCUCAGGUCGUAGCGGCAGCGUGGUCCACCAAUCCACCUCCCUCCGCCGCUUCCAUCGAUGCUCCUUCUCCGAUCGAGGUUCCGAUUGUUGAUGAGGGAGUGCCGGCGGACAACGGUAACGGCUCUUUUAAGAUUGAUGAUGUACAGUUGUCAGCUCUAAAUGAUUCUAACACGGCGUCAUUUCUGACCUCUGAUGGUAGCAUUGCCAUUCAUGCUGGUGAAAGAUUAGGUCGUGGUAUAGUUACUGAUGCAAUCACCACUCCUGUUGUUAACACUUCUGCCUACUUCUUCAAGAAAACUUCUGAGCUUAUUGAUUUCAAGGAGGGCCGCCAUGCAAGUUUUGAGUAUGGGCGUUAUGGGAAUCCAACUACUGUUGUUGCAGAGGAGAAGAUCAGUGCACUUGAGGGGGCUGAAUCAACCCUGUUGAUGGCAUCUGGAAUGUGUGCUAGCACUGUUUUGCUGAUGGCACUUAUUCCAGCUGGUGGGUAUCUUGUGACAACUACAGAUUGCUACAGGAAGACUCGGAUUUUCAUUGAGACCAUACUCCCCAAAAUGGGAAUUAAGACUACUGUGAUUGAUCCUGCCAAUGUGGAUGCUUUGAAAUCUGCUCUGGACAAGAAUGAGGUCACUCUUUUCUUUACAGAAUCACCAACAAAUCCGUUUCUCCGGUGUGUUGACAUUGAAUUGGUGUCAAAGCUCUGCCACAGUAAAGGAGCUCUGGUCUGCGUGGAUGGAACAUUUGCUACACCUUUGAACCAAAAGGCCCUCUCUCUUGGUGCUGAUAUUGUCUUGCAUUCUGCAACAAAAUACAUUGCCGGUCACAAUGAUGUCCUUGCUGGUUGCAUUAGUGGUUCCGAGAAGCUUAUGGCUAAAGUCCGUACACUCCAUAACAUUUUGGGUGGUGCUCUUAACCCAAAUGCCGCGUAUCUGAUCAUUCGAGGCAUGAAGACACUGCAUCUUCGUGUACAGCAGCAAAACACUACAGCAUUGAGGAUGGCCAGACUUUUAGAGGGACAUCCUAAGAUAACAUUAUUCUUUCUCGGCCACAGGCUGCCAUCUUCCUCAAGUUAUGACAUUAAGCUUAUGCAGGUGAACCAUGUAUAUUAUCCUGGCCUUGUUAGUCAUCCUGAACACUACAUGGCCAAGAGACAAAUGACUGGUUUUGGUGGUGUGGUUAGUUUUGAGAUUGAUGGGGACUUGAUGAAAACCGCAAAGUUUAUUGAUGCCUUGAAAAUCCCUUAUAUAGCCCCUUCAUUUGGGGGCUGUGAGAGCAUCGUAGAUCAGCCUGCAAUCAUGUCGUACUGGGAUCUUAGCCAGGCAGACAGGGCUAAAUUUGGGAUUAAUGACAACUUGGUUCGAUUUAGCUUUGGGAUUGAAGACUUUGAGGACUUAAAGGCUGACAUCCUUCAGGCCUUGGAAGCCAUAUAA